AUGGAUGAGGACAACAUGACGAGGAGCGAGCAGGAGCUGAGUCUGCAGAAGGCGCUGCAGCAGUGCGAGCUGGUCCAGAACAUGAUCGACAUCAGCAUCUCCAACCUGGAGGGGCUCCGCACCAAGUGCGCCGCCUCCAACGACCUCACGCAGAAGGAGAUCCGCACCCUGGAGAGCAAGCUGGUGAAGUACUUCAGCAGGCAGCUGUCCUGCAAGAGGAAGGUGGCCCUGCAGGAGCGCAAUGCCAAGCUGGAGGGCUUCCCCCAGCUCCUGCACUGGUUCCGCAUCGUCGACAUCCGGAAGGAGGUCAUGGAGGAAAUCGCCCCGGGGCAGCUGAGCCUGGAGGAGCUGCUGGACAUGACGGAUGACCAGGUCUGUGCCACCGUGGAGAAGUUUGGGGCCAACAGCGAGGAGUGUGCCCGCCUGAACGCCUCUCUGUCCUGCCUCCGCAGCGUCCACAAGUCCGGCGGGAGCCUCUCCAAGCAGGACUGGACCAUCCAGUGGCCCACGACGGAGCCGGGCAAGGAGAACAGCCCCGGGUGCCAGGCGGAGCCGGGGCAGUGGGCACGGACGCACCUCUCGCAGAGCCCCAAGGUCCAGCCCAAGUGCGGGCAGCACCACUGCCACGGGGGCUCCCCCCACGCGCCCCUCUACACCCACGUGGACCGACUGACCGUGGAGGCUCACCCGGGGCUGUGCCCGCCCCUCGAGUCCGGCCACCGCUCGCUGCCGCCGUCCCCCCGGCAGCGCCACGCCGCCCACACCCCCCCGCGCACCCCCAACAUCGUCACCACCAUGACCCCGCCGGGACCCCCCGUGCGCCGCAGGAACAAACUGAAGCCCCCCGGGACGCCCCCGCCCUCCUCACGGAAGCUCAUCCACCUCAUCCCCGGCUUCACCGCCCUGCACCGCAGCAAGUCCCACGAGUUCCAGCUGGGCCACCGCAUGGACGAGGCGCACACCCCCAAAGUCAAGAAGAAGAACAAGCCCCUGAACCUCAAGAUCCACAACAGCGUGGGGAGCUGUGAGAACAUCCCCGCCCAGCGCUCGCCGCUCCUCUCCGAGCGCUCCCUGCGCUCCUUCUUCGUGGGGUACCCGCCCUUCCUGCCCUCCACCCCCCCUGUCCACACUGAAGCCACCUUCUCAGCAAAUACGCUGUCAGUGCCUCGCUGGUCCCCGCAGAUCCCCCGGCGGGAUCUGGGAAACUCCAUAAAACACAGGUUUUCCACCAAGUACUGGAUGUCUCAGACCUGCACUGUCUGUGGGAAAGGAAUGUUGUUCGGCUUAAAAUGCAAAAACUGCAAGCUCAAGUGCCACAACAAAUGCACCAAAGAGGCCCCUCCGUGUCACCUGCUGAUCAUCCACCGAGGAGGGAGACGAGCCGUGCGGGGCGAGGCAGAUUUGCAUUGCAAACCACUUCCACCCACCCUCCCCCUGCCUCCUUUUCUUUUCAGAUUCCCCACAGCACGGGCAAGGUUAGUCCGGACAGAGUCGGUGCCCUGCGACAUCAACAACCCCCUGCGAAAGCCGCCCCGGUACUCGGACCUGCACGUCAGCCAGACCCUGCCCAAAACCAACAAACUCAACAAGGACCACAUCCCAGUGCCCUACCAGCCGGAUUCCAGCAGCAACCCCUCCUCCACCACGUCGUCCACGCCCUCCUCGCCGGCCCCGCCGCUGCCGCCCAGCGCGACGCCCCCGUCCCCCCUGCACCCCUCCCCGCAGUGCCCGCGCCAGCAGAAGCAGUUCAACCUGCCAGCUUCCCAUUACUACAAGUACAAGCAGCAGUUCAUUUUCCCAGAUGUGGUGCCUGAGACUCCAACCCGAGCCCCACAGGUCGUCCUCCAUCCCGUCACCUCCAGCACCAUCCUGGAAGGAAACCCAUUGCUUCAAAUUGAAGUGGAGCCCACCUCGGAGAACGAGGAAGGCCCCGAGGAGGCUCAGGAGUCCGAGGACGACUUCGAGGAGAUGAACCUGUCGCUCCUCUCCGCCCGCAACUUCCCGCGCAAGGCCAGCCAGACCAGCAUCUUCCUGCAGGAGUGGGACAUCCCCUUCGAGCAGCUGGAGAUCGGGGAGCUCAUCGGGAAGGGCCGCUUCGGGCAGGUCUUCCACGGGCGCUGGCACGGCGAGGUGGCCAUCCGCCUCAUCGACAUCGAGAGGGACAACGAGGACCAGCUGAAGGCCUUCAAGAGGGAGGUGAUGGCCUAUCGGCAGACGCGGCACGAGAACGUGGUGCUCUUCAUGGGAGCCUGCAUGAGCCCGCCCCACCUCGCCAUCAUCACCAGCCUGUGUAAAGGACGGACUCUCUACUCGGUGGUGAGAGACGCCAAAAUCGUCCUGGAUGUCAACAAGACGAGGCAGAUAGCACAAGAGAUUGUGAAGGGAAUGGGUUACCUGCACGCCAAGGGGAUCCUCCACAAGGACCUCAAGUCAAAGAAUGUUUUCUAUGACAAUGGGAAGGUGGUGAUCACCGACUUCGGCCUCUUCAGCAUCUCGGGAGUUCUCCAGGCGGGCAGGAGGGAGAACAAGCUGCGGAUCCAGAACGGCUGGUUGUGCCACCUCGCCCCCGAGAUCAUCCGCCAGCUGUCCCCGGACACCGAGGAGGACAAGCUGCCCUUCUCCAAGCACUCGGAUGUCUUUGCACUGGGCACCAUCUGGUACGAGCUGCACGCGCGGGAAUGGCCCUUCAAGACGCAGCCGGCGGAGGCAAUCAUCUGGCAGGUGGGAAGAGGGAUGAAGCCCAACCUCAGCCAGAUCGGCAUGGGCAAGGAGAUCUCGGACAUCCUCCUCUUCUGCUGGGCCUACGAGCAGGAGGAGAGACCCACCUUCACCAAGCUCAUGGACAUGCUGGAGAAACUGCCAAAGCGCAACCGUCGCCUCUCCCACCCUGGGCACUUCUGGAAGUCGGCAGAGUAA